AUGCGCAGACACAAGUGCACUCUCUAUUCCUGUCACUCUCAUACUCCGGUGGGACGACAACUCGACACGACCAGUGAGAGUUCAGGCGCAGGAACGACGGCUUUACGUGCUCUUCGAGGCACGGGAGUGAAACACCGCCAACUUCCCAACUCCGGGCUGUUACUGAGACUUACUAUACAGAAAAACUCAAUAACUAAACUUGGCCCGAUCCGGGACUCGAACCCAGAACCUCCGGGUGUGCAGCCGUACAUGCUAGCCACUACACCACUGAGGCUGACUGACACUGAG